GUGAAGUAAGCGGCGCGACUGAUCCUUCUAUAUACAAACAAACCAAAGCAAAUAUUCUAAAGAUAGUGCAUUUUUGGGGUUCACAUUUGUUUACAAACAUUUCAAUAACAGUUGUGUUGAGGUAUGAUAAUGGAUGUGGUGGAAGUUGUGACACAGAUAGCGCGUGUUUGAAAACAGGAAAUGGGCUUUGUAUAUCGUAGCAGCAUUACGCUUUGUUGUAAGAAACUAUGUAUUCGUUUCCCAUAUUCAGUGCGGGCGGAAAGGAAACAAUGGUUCCGUUUUUCUCAGAGGUUAAUGAACGUCGCAGGCGCAGAUUCGGAGUCAAGAAAAAACAAUGGAGAAAUUAACACUGUAGCUGUUUCGAAUAUUCGUAACUUGAGCAUAAUAGCGCAUGUUGAUCAUGGUAAAAGCACUUUGGCAGACAGACUUCUUGAAAUUGCUGGAGUUAUAGACCCAGUCGAAGGACAGACUCAAGUUCUUGACAUGUUGCAAGUGGAAAAAGAACGUGGCAUAACCGUUAAAGCCCAGACUGUCUCAUUGAGUUACAAGUAUAAAGAUCACGAGUAUCUGUUAAAUUUAAUUGAUACGCCUGGACAUGUUGACUUUUCUAAUGAAGUGUCAAGAUCGUUAGCAGCAUGCCAGGGUGUCAUUCUGUUAGUGGACGCCAAUCAGGGAGUUCAGGCGCAAACAGUAGCCAACUUCUAUCUCGCAUUCUGCAGAGAGUUAACUAUAAUUCCAGUUGUGAACAAAGUUGAUUUAAAAAACGCUAAUCCAGAUGCAGUGACAGAGCAGCUGAAGACUUUGUUUGGCAUAAAUGAGAAAGAUGUUCUAAGGGUGUCUGCAAAGUUUGGCACUGGCGUCAAAGAACUAAUUCAUGCUGUUAUAGAAAGAGUACCACCUCCAAAAGUGGACAGAAAAGCUCCAUUUAGAGCAUUGAUUUAUGACAGCUGGUAUGAUAGGUACAGAGGAACAAUAAUUUUGAUGUACAUAAGAGAUGGAAGCCUGAAGAUAGGGGAUGAAAUUCAAUCUGUCCACACUAAAAAAGUGUAUACUGUAAAAAGUCUCGGACUUUUAAGACCACAAGAAGAACAGGUGCCUGUGCUAGCGGCUGGACAGGUUGGAUUUAUAACAUGUAACAUGCGGUCCACUAAAGAAGCUCAUAUAGGUGAUACAUUUCAUUUAAAGGAUAUGACUGUAGAACCUAUUGAAGGAUUCAAGCCAGCACAGCCCAUGGUUUUUGCUGGAGUUUAUCCAAUGGAUCAGUCACAACAUGUUGCUCUGAGAGGAGCUAUUGAGAAACUUGUUCUUAAUGACCCAGCUGUUUCUGUGUCUGUGGAUUCUAGUCCUGCUUUAGGGCAGGGUUGGCGGCUAGGUUUCCUUGGGCUGCUUCAUUUAGAAGUUUUCAGCCAGAGGUUAGAACAAGAGUAUGGGGCACAAGCCGUGCUGACAGCCCCCAGUGUCACUUACAAAGGUGAUAUUCCUGAUAUAGAAAGAGCUGUCCCAACCUGGGCAAAAUAUAUUGAUGCCAAAAUAAUUGGAGAAAAGAACAUUAAACAGUAUGGAGGAGAAGAGAUAUUAUUUUCAAAUCCCUCUCACUUUCCACCUACAUCAAUCAUAGCUGAGUUACAAGAACCAACAGUCAUGGGGACAAUUAUAACUCCAGAUACUUUUAUUGGCAGCGUUAUUUCUCUUUGCAUGGAAAGAAGAGGCAUACAAAAGACAGCCACAAAUAUUGACAAUAACAGGGUAAUGAUGCAGUUUAUUCUGCCAUUAAAUGAAAUUAUUGUUGAUUUUCAUGAUGAGUUAAAAUCUGUAUCAUCAGGCUAUGCAAGUUUUGAUUAUGAAGACCAUGGAUAUGUCCCAUCACAGCUGGUAAAGCUUACAAUAAUGCUUAAUGGUGUUGCCGUGGAUGAACUCAGUACGAUUGUACAUAUAUCCAAAGCAGUAAGUUGUGGACGCAAAAUGUGCGAAAAAUUGAAAGAGAUUAUUCCAAGACAGAUGAUACAGAUAGCCAUUCAAGCUUGUGUUGGAGGGAAGAUUGUUGCACGAGAAACUCUAAAACCCUACAGAAAAGAUGUCACUGCUAAGCUGUAUGGUGGUGAUGUCACUAGAAGAAUGAAGUUACUGAGAAGACAAGCUGAAGGCAAGAAGAAAAUGAAAAUGGUUGCUAAUAUUGGUCUUCCUCGAGAAACAUUUAUUGAUGUUCUCAAGCGUUAAAUUAAAGAUUAUUUACUAUUGUUAUAACUAUGGUACUAUUGCUUUCAUUUCCACUUGUAUUUAAACUUCUUUUUUGUGCGAAAUUUCGACUGAUAAAUAACAAAGAAUUAAGACAUGAAA